AGAUACUUCGUUGACUGUCAAACGUGAAAUGGGCGCUAUUUACGAAAUACGUCUUUUUUAUACUUAGACAUUUCGUGCAGAGAAGAGAUCGUGGUGGCGAAUGUCGUAGAAACGGCAAAGCGAUCAAAAGGGGCGGAGCAUGCGUUGAUGCGCUUUGCGCACAAAACCAGUGCCCUCUGUCAUAAUUUGCAUCAUUUCUCGUUGGACCUCCAAGCAAGACACGUCGGAUCAAGUUUGUUGUGGAAAUGUCUGCUGCCGUCUCGGCCUUUCUGGACAAAAAGAUCGGUAAGGUGCAAGAGCAGCGCCUCGGCCAUCGUAAGAGGAGGAGCGGACAAGCCGAAGAAGCGGAAACCUCGCCGCAAGGAGCACUUUGGAACGUUCUUGUACAAGGUUUUGAAGCAAGUACACCUGGAAACGGGAACCUCGUCCAAAGCCAUGAACAUCAUGACAUUCAUUGUGAACCCAGAGCCCGGAGAGUUGGCCAAGCAUGCCAUGUCCGAGGGGACGAAGGCCGUGACCAAGUACACCUCUUCGAAGUAAACACCUGUUGCUGCGACUUAUCUAAACAAACGGCCCUUUUAAGAGCCACUAAAUCUCACGAAAGAGUUAACUCAAAUUAUUAUUUCUUGAAAAGUCUGGGGGGAUUCGACCUGUAAAAACAUUUCGUCAGCUGAAAUAUAAGGGAGCGUCUUUUAUCACGUAACGCAAAAUUUUAUAUUUUUGGACCCAAUCCCUCGUAACAUUUCAAAAACAUGGCCUUCUUAUUCUAGAACUCCAUCGUGACUGUCAGUUAAAGAGUAUUGUUUUGACAUAGAACUAUGUCUUUACUUACUAUACUGGGGGCCAGUUCAGAAAUUCGAUUCAAAGCGUUACACGCGUGCGAAAAUACUUCUUUUUUUUUCAAUACAUCAAUUUUUUUUUUAUUUUGUCGGUUUGUCCGGGGAUUUUUACAUGUUAAGAGACUCAGCAUAAUUGCUUUUCUAACUUUAAAGUUAAAAUGUUCAACAUGAACUGGUGGAGUUUUGGUAUUUAUAGUGUACAAUGCGCAAUUUAAGAUUGCUGACUUUUAAAAUUAUAAAUAAAUCCUACCUAACUACAGUAAAAACACUCGAUCCCACAUACUCUCAGACAUCCAACCACACUCACUCAAGGGUACAAUCCUCGGAUUGACCCGUGUUCC